UGCAGGCAUGAACAACUGCACCUGGCCAGUAUCUGAUGAUUUUGAUUGUAUGUGAGCUGUUAUGAUAAUGCAUUUACAGACUCUGAGCUCCGUCGUGUUUCUGAUUUUUGUUCUAGCCGUCGGUAACUGGAGGAUGACCUUGACCUUGUGCAGUGUUUGUUGAACACUUUGGGUGGAUCUCUGGGAAGUGUCUACAACUUGGAAUAUUCUAUAUCUUGGUGAGACUCACAUUCCACACCGUCUUCCCUAAAACUCCUGUUCUGGAUUGGUUUCGGCUUUGCUUGGGCCGGGCUGGGUGGGUCUCACUCCUGUCUGUGGUCCUUACUCAUUUGGUGGGGGGCUGUGGGGGUCUGGGCUGGAUGUCGGCACGGGGGCUGAAGCGGGGGCUCCGCUCUCAUUCCUCUAGCAGCUUCUCUCUGGUGAGAAGCUUCUCUCUGUGAGUCUGCGGUGGCCUUGCCCUGGGAAGGUACAUCCCUGCCCCAUCCCCAGAUUCUCAGCCGACCCUCACAUGGCGGGUCCUGCCCUCCACACCGACCCUUCCUCUGCUUCCCUGCUCCUCAGACUCCAGGGCUUUGACUGCCUGGGCACCGGCCCCUCCCUCCUCGGCAAUUGUUUUCUGCUGCAACUCCAGCUGCUAACAUUGCCCUUUGGAAGCGUGCCCCAGCAGAGAGCUGGGACGCGGGAGUUUCUUCUUUCUCCUAAGUUUCUGCUGUCUCAGGAAUCACAGUCUGCACUGCUGGUUGACCGCUGCCUGAAAACGAGCGUCUCAUAAAUCUCAGCCGUGCUGCUGAUAGAGUGGCCAGCUCUGCACACUCCCGGCGGCAGGGGUCCCAGUAGGGUUACGUGGUCCGUGUUCACUUCUGGUCUCUUCCCCAAAGUUUCUGCUUGAUGAAACAGAAGCUGUGGUUCGAGGAGCUCCUCUGGGAACCAGUCAUGUCUGCUUCAGUGUGGGACUGAUGAAGGGAGGCAGGGAUCAGUCAGUUGGGUCUAAAACUGCCUGUGCAUCACUGAUAAAUUUGGGCAGCUUUCCAAAUAUAACAAGUGCUUGAAGAAGGUGCAAUUAGUUAUGAAACUAAGGGCCAAAUAAAAAACAUGAGCAUCUACAACAGAAAACUGAGUUCCAGGAAACACCCUUGAGGAAGAAAAACAAGGAAGACAGCAGGCGCGCUUCCGUGCUGGGAGAUGCCUGGGUCCAGGUAUAAAGGCUGCCCGGGGAAGCCAUCUCCAGACACCACUGCCCUCUGCCUCAGCCUUAUCCAGCCACACGCCACCAUGUGCCACACCAGCUGCUCCUCAGGCUGCCAGGCAGCCUACCGCGUGCCCAGCUCCUGCCAGGCAUCCUGCUGCAUGCCCGUGGGCUGCCAGUCCUCCGUGUGUGUGCCCGUGAGCUUCAGGCCAGCCCUGUGUGUGCCCGUGAGAUGCCAGUCCUCUGUGUGUGUGCCUGUGAGCUGCAGGCCCGUUGUCUGUGUGGCCCCCUCCUGCCAGUCCUCCAGGUGCUGCCAGCCCUCCUGCACCAGCGUCCUCUGCAGACCUGUCUCCUGCAGCAUCCCAUCCUUCUGCUGACCACGAGUGUCCAGACCCGCUGCUCCCAGUGCAGACGGGGCCACACCUCUACCCUCCCCGGAUGAGUCCUCGGUUAUUCUUCUGCACUUGGGGCUAGUGAAAAGCAUGCUCAGUGAGCCUUCUGAAUUCUGGGUUGAGAAUGUGACAGAAUUAUCUGGAGUCCUCGCUGACCUUGCCCAUCCUCCUAGAGAAGUCUGGGUCCCAGAUAUAUUCUCUGACCCCAUGAGAGCCAAAUAAACCAGCUUUCCCCAUGCA